AUGGAAACACUGGAGUCGGAGCUGACCUGCCCUAUUUGUCUGGAGCUCUUUGAGGACCCCCUCCUGCUGCCCUGCGCACACAGCCUCUGCUUCAACUGCGCCCACCGCAUCCUGGUGUCCCACUGUGCCACCAACGAGUCUGUGGAGUCCAUUACCGCCUUCCAGUGCCCCACCUGCCGGCAUGUCAUCACGCUCAGCCAGCGAGGUCUAGACGGGCUGAAGCGUAACGUCACCCUGCAGAACAUCAUCGACAGAUUCCAGAAGGCGUCCGUGAGCGGGCCCAACUCCCCCAGCGAGACCCGCCGAGAGCGGGCAUUCGACGCCAACGCCAUGACCUCCGCCGAGAAGGUCCUCUGCCAGUUCUGUGACCAGGAUCCUGCCCAGGAUGCCGUGAAGACCUGUGUCACUUGCGAAGUGUCCUACUGUGAUGAGUGCCUGAAAGCCACUCACCCGAACAAGAAGCCCUUCACAGGCCAUCGUCUGAUUGAGCCAAUCCCGGACUCGCACAUCCGGGGGCUGAUGUGCCUGGAGCACGAGGAUGAGAAGGUGAAUAUGUACUGUGUGACCGAUGACCAGUUAAUCUGUGCCUUGUGUAAACUGGUUGGGCGGCACCGAGAUCACCAGGUGGCAGCUUUGAGUGAGCGCUAUGACAAAUUGAAGCAAAACUUAGAGAGUAACCUCACCAACCUUAUUAAGAGGAACACGGAACUGGAGACCCUUUUGGCUAAACUCAUUCAAACCUGUCAACAUGUUGAGGUCAAUGCAUCACGUCAAGAAGCCAAAUUGAUGGAGGAGUGUGAUCUUCUUAUUGAGAUCAUUCAGCAAAGAAGACAAAUUAUUGGAACCAAGAUCAAAGAAGGGAAGGUGAUGAGGCUUCGCAAGCUGGCCCAGCAGAUUGCAAACUGUAAGCAGUGCAUUGAGCGGUCGGCAUCCCUCAUCUCCCAAGCGGAACACUCCCUGAAGGAGAAUGAUCAUGCGCGCUUCCUGCAGACUGCUAAGAACAUCACUGAGAGAGUCUCCAUGGCAACUGCAUCUUCCCAGGUUCUAAUUCCUGAAAUCAACCUUAAUGAUACAUUUGACACCUUUGCCUUAGAUUUUUCCCGAGAGAAGAAAUUGCUAGAAUGUCUGGAUUACCUUACAGCUCCCAACCCUCCCACAAUUAGAGAAGAGCUCUGCACGGCUUCCUAUGACACCAUCACUGUUCACUGGACCUCCGAUGAUGAAUUCAGUGUGGUUUCCUAUGAGCUCCAGUACACCAUAUUCACUGGACAAGCCAACGUUGUCAGUCUGUGUAACUCAGCUGAUAGUUGGAUGAUCGUGCCCAACAUCAAGCAGAACCACUAUACUGUGCAUGGUCUGCAGAGCGGCACCAAGUAUAUCUUCAUCGUCAAGGCCAUCAACCAGGCGGGCAGCCGCAGCAGCGAGCCCGGGAAGUUGAAGACAAACAGCCAACCAUUUAAACUGGACCCCAAAUCUGCACAUCGAAAACUGAAGGUGUCUCAUGAUAACUUGACAGUAGAACGUGAUGAGUCGUCAUCCAAGAAGAGUCACACACCCGAACGCUUCACCAGCCAAGGGAGCUACGGCGUAGCUGGGAACGUGUUCAUUGACAGUGGCCGGCACUACUGGGAAGUAGUCAUAAGUGGAAGCACAUGGUAUGCCAUUGGCCUUGCGUACAAAUCGGCCCCGAAGCACGAGUGGAUCGGGAAGAACUCUGCUUCCUGGGCACUGUGCCGCUGCCACAAUAACUGGGUGGUGAGACACAACAGCAAGGAGAUCCCCAUCGACCCCUCACCUCACCUCCGGCGUGUGGGCAUCCUGCUGGACUAUGAUAAUGGCUCUGUCGCUUUCUACGAUGCUUUGAACUCCGUCCACCUCUACACCUUCGAUGUCACAUUCUCGCAGCCUGUGUGCCCCACCUUCACUGUGUGGAACAAGUGUCUGACCAUUAUAACUGGGCUUCCCAUCCCAGACCAUCUGGACUGCACAGAGCAGCUGCCAUGA